CACGCGAUCCCGCUUCCACUCGGCGACCACCGGGCACCGCCGCCGGUACACCGCGCAUCGAAUCGCCACCAGUGCCGAUUCUGCUGACCCCUCGCCAUCGCCGGCGGGCGAAUCGACACCAUGGCCGCCGCACGCCGGGGCCGCGCCGACGGUGCCAACGGCGUCGUCCGUCCCCGCCCCCGCGACCGUGUCGUCGGCGUCAGCGGAAGCAUGGCGGGGCGCGUGGCCGUCCUCGCCUUCUGUGUCGCCGGGAUCUGGUCCGCCUACAUCUACCAGGGCGUCCUCCAGGAGACUCUAUCCACGAAGCGGUUCGGGCCGGAGGCGCGGCGGUUCGAGCACCUCGCGUUCCUCAACUUCGCGCAGAAUGUCGUAGCUUAAUGCUUCGUCUGGUCCUUCCUAAUGAUUAAGUUGUGGUCGGGCGGGAGUAGCUCCGACGGCCGUGCGCCGUUAUCGAAAUACUGGGGCGUCAGCGUAACCAAUACCAUCGGGCCGACCAUGGGGAUCGAGGCGCUCAAGUACAUUAGCUAUCCGGCUCAGGUGUUGGCAAAAUCUUCUAAGAUGAUCCCUGUAAUAAUGCUGAUGGGAACCCUUCUCUAUAGUGUGAAGUACACACUUCCAGAGUAUUUUUGUACCUUUCUUGUUGCUGGCGGUGUGUCCUCCUUUGCGUUGUUGAAGACAAGCUCCAAGACAGUUAAGAAGCUUGUCAACCCUAAUGCACCUCUUGGCUAUACAUUGUGCUUCCUCAACUUAGCUUUUGAUGGGUAUACUAACUCGACCCAAGAUAUAAUAAAGUCAAGGUACCCAAACACGAAUCCAUGGGAUAUAAUGCUUGGCAUGAACCUCUGGGGGACCAUAUAUAAUGCUGUAGUUAUGUUUGUUGCGCCAUUACUAUUCAGUAACUGGCCAUAUGCAGAUGGUUUCGAGGCAUUGAGAUUUUGCCAGGAGAACCCAGAGGUGGCCUGGGACAUUUUUCUGUUCUGCCUAUGUGGCGCCGUGCGUCAGAAUUAUAUCUUCUUAACCAUCAGCAGGUUCGGCGCUCUUACUAACACAACGAUCACUACCACCCGUAAAUUCAUGAGCAUCGUGGUUUCAUCUGUCAUCAGUGGCAAUCCAUUAUCUUCAAAGCAACGGGGUAGUGUUACGAUGGUCUUCUUAGGCCUCUCUGUCCAAAUAUAUCUCAAAUGGAAGAGAGAGAAGGGCAGACACCCCAGUGAGUAAGCUCGAUUGUUGACUCUUGUACCUGUUCCGAUUUGUAACUUCAAUUGGACAGAUCUGUUGUGAGGUUGACCAGGAUAAUGUUAAUGUAGUCUGCUGAAAUUAUGAGCUAUGCCUAGAGCGAUACGUAAUGUGAGGCUGUGAGAGCCUUAUUCAUGUAGAUAUGUAAAUUGGUCUAGGAAUGUUUAUAGUAAGGAUUUAGGUUAUGUUCCCAAUCGUAAUGAAUAUUUGUUGUCAGGAGAUGUUAUGAGAGCCUUAUUCAUGUAGAUAUGCGAAUACAAUGGGUGCUCAAUGCUCCAUUACGAAAUGUAAAUGACAGACUGAUACUGGUAAAUUCCAUAUUUUCGUUGCACGUCCA